AUGAGAAUAGCUGUCCAAGGUUGCUGUCAUGGCGAAUUGGAUAGGGUGUUCAAAACUGUGCAACGAAUGAACUCUCGAAACAAAAUUGAUCUACUAAUUAUAUUAGGUGACUUCCAAAGUAUCAGAAAGCCAAAGGAUUUCAAGUCUAUAAGUAUUCCUCCAAAAUACCAGAAGCUGGGGGACUUCCACAAGUAUUACUCACGCAAUACACCAGCCCCCGUACCGACAAUCUUUAUUGGUGGUAAUCAUGAGUCGAUGAGGCAUCUUAUGUUGUUGCCUUACGGUGGUUAUGCUGGCAAGAGAAUAUACUACCUCGGUUAUUCCAAUGUUAUCUGGUUCAAAGGUGUAAGGAUAGCUAGCUUGAGUGGGAUCUGGAAGGAAUGGGAUGUGGAUAAGGCUCGUCCAAGUUGGGAAGAAAUGGAAUCGUGUCAAUGGCAAAAAAAUAUUCGGUCUCUUUACCACGUCCGGAAAACUGAUAUACUUCCAUUGAUGACGAUAAAGAAGCCACUCUCGUUGAUGCUAAGCCAUGACUGGCCCAAUGAGAUUACGAAGCAUGGGGACGUUGCCGGGCUGUUGAAAAAAAAACCGUUCUUUAAGAAAGAUAUCCAGAAUGAUAAUUUGGGCAGCCCUGCUAACUGGAAACUGCUACAGAGAUUGAGACCAGAAUGGUGGUUGAGUGCUCAUUUGCAUGUUAGGUUUCAAGCAGAAGUAGAUCAUACUACGAGCAGCGAAGGGCCACUUUUGAAGAAGAACUCGGACGAGAUAGAUCUGGAUAUGUCAAGUGAUGAGGAAACGGCUUCACAUGAGUGUCCCACCCAUUCCAAUGAAAGUACGAAGUUUUUGGCGCUGGACAAAUGUCUUCCAGGGAGACAAUUCUUAGAGGUUAUUGAGGUGGAGGCUGAUGAAUCACACCCUUCGUUCAAAACAACGGAGAUGUACUGGGACGAAGAGUUCAUUAGUAAUUUGAGGUAUUUGGAGAAGAACAGAGAAGCUUUGGAAGAUAAACCGUUCAGUGAGAUUGAAUUAAGUAGUUUGGAAAACACCGCUGAUGAUUCUGGAUAUCCUCCGAUCUCCCCUCACGACUUGAUUGUUCCGCGCUACGAAUACUCGAUUCAAAAGAGGGAGAAAGAUCAAACUAACUACUUUAUCGAGAAAUUCUUGACCUUGAAAGACCAAACGAAUUUAUCUAAUGAGCCAAGCAGCGAGGAUGUAAAGAAGGAUUCUUGA